GAGUGGGUGGGGGUCAUCUAUGUAUGCCCCCACCCACCUGCCUCUUUCAGGAUCAGGGUGGAGUGUCAUUUCCUCCCUCUGUUUCCCAGGCUUCCCCCCCGUUCUGAGCCCUCUCAGACUCUCACAGCUAUUAGCACACAGCCCUAUAGCGCAGGAUGUGAAGUCGGCUCUCACCUCGCCACUCAAACGGACACCUUUAUCAACAAGCUGUGCCAUCUGAAUCUGGGUCUGCCUGAUCUGCUUUCUCCUGCGCACUCAGAUCAGAGCUGUGAGCAAUACUGAGUCCAUUAAGGUCCAUUAUCCAUGAGCAGGGAGCUUGGACAGCUCAGCUUCGUGUUCAAUAUGUCCAGACGAUCUGCUUAAUGACUCAGCCAACUGCCUGGUCAAGCUGCAUACUGCAGCGCUCGGUUGUUCCUUUUUCAGAGACACAGCGACCGGGAAUCCGUUCUGCCUCGUUCUCUGCGCGUUGUGAUGGAUGCCUGGUCAGUGGAUACUUAGUCUCAGCACUGUAACUGUCUUAUAUUUGGAUGGCUGCCUGUGUAGACUUGGAAUAUAUUGUACUGGAGGAUGAGAUCAGUGUGAGAGACUGCAUGUGUCAUUAUUGCUGCUUUAGCAGUGUGAUGUGGAUAUUGAGUAUGAGUUUCUGUAGAUUUCUCUCACACUAUCCCCUUCACAUGAGGACCUGGAGCUCCAGAUUUAAAAUAAACAACCUCUGCCAAGUCUGUCUGGUUUUUUAGCUCCAGAGGACUAUAGUUGGUCCCACCACAAGGACCGUUUAUGCGGCUUCUGACACCUCUGCUAUUUUGCAAAGGAUCUUCCAGAAAAGAAAGAAGUUGAAGUUUUCUUAGCUCCUCAUGGCCUGCUGCUUCCACACCCUUCGACAUGGCAGCUGGAGCCCAGAUGAUGAAAGCAGCCACCAGCACAACAGCACAGGGAGUGAAGGGGGCGAUAGCACUCCUCCCCCCAAGCGCAAGGGCAAGUUAUCUACGCUGGGCAAGAUCUUCAAACCGUGGAAAUGGAGGAAGAAGAAAAGCAGUGAGAAGUUUAAGGAAACUUCAGAAGUUUUGGAAAGAAAGAUGUCGAUGAGAAGACCACGGGAGGAACUGAUAGAGCAGGGAGUUCUGAAGGAGCUUCCUGAGAAUGAGGCAGACGAGGCACAUGGGUCCAAGCCCCUGUAUGUGAAGAAUGGCCACACGCUGCCUGUAGGGGGCACCAGUGGAAGUGGAAGUCGGGGUAUUGAGCCUGUUCGGCCUACAGCUGAUUUGCAAUUUAGGGUCAAUCCGGAGCGCAGGGGUCGUGACCCCUGUGAUGCAGAUCGACGGGCAAUGACUAGCCAGGAUGAGGGUUGGAGAGGCGGACGGGCUGCGGUAGAUGAGUGGAAGCCGAGUGUGGGCUGGCAGGGAGAGGAAAUAAAGCAUGGAGGCAGAAUCCACACAGACGCAGAGAGAAAGCCCGGUCUGAUCAAAGCCCCAUCAGAGGACGGCAGAAGAACUCGUCCUGAGGCCGACUGGAAGCCCAGCCUCCCCCGCCACUCAUCCGCUGAAGAGGGCAGAGGAAGAAGAGAAUCGGACAGCAGUCACUAUGUUCCCGACCCCGAGGCUCUGAGGGACACCCUGCGAGAACCGCUGCCCCCGAAGCAGUCCAUCAUGGCCCCCAAAUGGCUGAUGAGCUCCACCGCAGAGCCUGGCACUGAAGCCUUGCCCCACACACCCGUCCACAGCCCUGCAACCUCAUUCUCCUCCUCCUCUGUCUCCUCCAACUCUCCGUCGUCCUCCGUCUCCAGCGCAGCCACAAAGACCCUGCGGACUGCCUCAUCUGCUGGGGCCAGCGUGCCCCUGGCAUCCUCCUCCACCCAGUCCUCCACCCAAGGACCAGUGCCAUCACAGCCUGCGAGGCAGCCCCCUCUCCCUCCACCCAAACCAGUCAACCGCACCACCAACGCUGCCAUGCUGGCUUCCACCCUUCAAGGGGGUGACCCCUUUCCCCUCUACUGGUCCUGCUGGAAGCGUGAGGCUGACUAUGAUGUCUACCUGUCCCUGCCCGUGUACUUAUGCCGUCGGGCAGGAGGUGGGCGCACAGCUGAACUCACACAGGUUGUAGGAAGUGUCAACCCAGCUCCAGCUAAGCCGUCGCCGCCUAUGCCCCCCAAGAGAACCACGCCGGUCACAAAGCGCCACACUGAGAACUCCGCCCUUCCCAUCUCCUCCCUGCCCUCUAUACUCUCUCUUGAGGACAGGGCAAACAUCCCAGGAGGGUUCCCACUGCCCCCGCCUCCACCGUCCCCACCUCUCCCCACACACAUCCCACCCUCCCCUCCUCGAGGACACCCCCACCAGCUCCUCCACCAACACUCCUACCCUCAUCCUCUCCCCGAUCCACUGCCUGUCCAUUUUGACCCUCCUAGUCCGCAGGAAGAGCUGCCUACACGUCAAGCCCCAGUGCCCCUGCACAUCAUGAUCCAGCGGGCACUGAUCAGCCCCGGAGCUGCCCUCCCUCACCUGGACGCCUCCCACCGUGCCCACUCACUGCUGUUCGAAACCCCUCCAGAAUACCAAGGAUCUCGCCCGCUGCCGGUCACCAUCCAGCCUUUAAAAAUGGCUGAAGAUGACUACUCUGAUGAAGAAGAGGAGGAGGAAGAAGAGGAAGAAGAUGAAGAAGAGGAGGAGGAGGAGGAGGAGGAUGAAGAUGAGCCACCUCCUGAACACCUCCCUCCCCCUCAAACUCAGCCAGAGCUGGAGCCUCGCAGCCGCAGGUGCCUAGUGGGUGAUGUGAACAUCCGAAUCAUGCCAGAGGGAUCAGACAGCAGUGAGGAAGAGGAAAGAGAGGAAGAUCAGCAGGCUGAUGAGAGUGAUUCAGACGGCCCUGUGCUUUACAAAGAGGAGGAAUCAGAUGAAGAGGAAGACAGCCCACCUAGUAGUCUGGCCAGCAGGGUGAAGAGGAAGGACACUUUGGCUCUGAAGCUGAGCAGUCGGCCCUCAGCCCCAGACAGACAGGCUCCUGAGAGGCCGACCAGAAUGGAGUACACAGGUCUGUCAUGGCAGAGCAAAGAGCAGUGGGAGGCCAUCCGCACACAGAUUGGCACAGCACUUACACGACGACUGAGCCAGAGGCCCACUGCUGAGGAACUGGAACAGAGGAACAUUCUACAGCCCAAAAAUGAAGCUGAUCGACAGGCAGAAGUUCGGGAGAUCAAACGCAGACUCACCAGAAAGCUAAGUCAGAGGCCAACAGUUGCUGAGUUACAGGCCAGAAAGAUCCUGCGCUUCCACGAGUACGUGGAGGUCACACACGCUCAAGACUACGACCGUCGUGCUGACAAACCAUGGACCAAACUCACACCUGCAGACAAGGCUGCGAUCCGAAAGGAACUCAAUGAGUUCAAAAGCUCUGAGAUGGAAGUACAUGAAGAAAGUAGAAUUUAUACAAGGUUUCACCGUCCAUAACAUCUUCCACUGACUGGAAAGUGAAGCACUUGCGCAGUGGUGGCAGGGAGAGAAACUGUGUGUGUGUGUGUGUGUGUGUGUGUGUGUGUGUGUGUGUGUGUGUGUGUGUGUGUGUGUGUGUGUGUGUGUGUGUGUGUGUGGUAAAGGAGCUUCAGGGUGUUUGUGCUCCCUGACAAACUGCCCUUCAGUGAAUGUACUGUACAGAUACCUGGAACAAAUAGAGACCUUUUCCUCAGUCAUCUGCCCUUGUGUAAAUAUGACAGAUGGGAGGGCUGAGAACUGAACAAUUCAGUAUUUCUCCCUGAUGUUGGAGGGAGACAGACAUGUGCCAUCCAGAGCACUAAUGAAGGAGCCUCAGAAAUGGAUGUACAGUGUGUGUGUGCCAUCAGGAGAACAUCUCUCAGGAACCGAGAUCCCCUUUAGCAGCAUGGCUCUGCCCUCACAAGGGGAAAGGAAGGUCAAGAGUGACCAUUAUACUUACAUAUUCAGUUUCUUUCCUUUUAGGGAAAUGUAUAAACCAUAACGAAUAAUAAUAGUAUUAAGAGAUGAUGAUAAUAAAAUAAUUGUUAGAUUCUGAUGGUGGACUGAGCAGAGUUGUGUACAGAUGGACUUUGCAUGGACAAACAGGAAUAUUUGUGUAUGUGUGUAUAGUGUUGUAAUUUUCUCUUAGGCUGAACCUUUUAAAUUUAAUCAUUAGAAACUGUAAAGCACAAGGAUUUAUGCUGCAUUGUGACAUUUGUGUGAAAUGGCCAGGUUUAUUUAUGCCUCUCUUGCUUACAUUUGCCCUUCCUUUGCAGCUUAUUAUUAUUAGAAAAGAGGAAGGGGGAAGAAUGGCCUUUUCUUUAUUUUGGAGUGUUUUAGUCUUUGAACAUUUCACGUCAUGAUUUUAAUCUAAAAACGUAUAACUACGAUAUUUUUUAUGUUUUAAUCCCUUCUUACCACAUGGGGCUGAAUCAUUUCAAUUAAAGUACAAUAUCAAAAUCAUAUUUCUGAAAGUUAGGACUGCAUAUUUGUCUGAAUAAGAAUAAAUUAUAAUUAUUUAGACUUUUGAAUUGAAACUGAAGCCAGAGUGAACAGGCCAAGUACUGAUACAGCACUAUGAAUAAAGUUGUUGGGAUUUUUUUUUAUAGUGUAAUGAUUGCCAGGGGAAAUAUUUCAACUCGAAUAUUUGUUUUCUCCUUUUCUUCUUCCUUUUAAAUGUCUAUGGCCAGUAGAAUAAUAUAACUUGCUCUGCUGUACAGAUCAGUUAUUUAGAUUAAACUAACUGUUGUGUAUAUCUUGCCUUCCUUUAUUUGGAAUUGUAUUUUAAAUAUUAUAAAAGUAAUAUAGGUUGCUAUUUUUUUAAGCACAAAAUAUUAGUGUUUUAUCCAAUGCUUCGAAGCUUUUUGUUUUGGUUUUUAAUUUGAUUGUGCGAACAUUUAGGAACUGACAGUAUUUUGUUUAGAUGUUGCCUAUAAAUAUAAAUUAAAUGCUUACAAAUAG